UUCUGUCGCUCUUUUAUAUUUAUAAACAUAAAUGUAGUUAAAUCAAAUUGUUUUCAACUUUUCUAUAAGAUUAUUUGUAUUAAAAAGCGCUUCUUUAAUUAAAAUAUUAUUCAAUGUAGUUUGAUUCAAUAUUCUGAUGUUGUUUAUUUCUUUGUAUCGUGAUUGUAAUAUUAUAUUUUGGUAUGAAAUUUAAUACUAUUUGGUAAAACAAAUCCUUUAAAUAACUCGUAUCAUACUGUAAUAUAUAAGAAUAUUGUACCGCAUCUAUACAAAUGGGUAAUAGAGUAUCAGUUCCUAACGAAGAAGUUAUGAAAUCCUCCGACAACAUCCCAUUAUCUACCUCAGUUAUCAGAUUUGCUAGGGAAUUAGAACCUGAUGAGAAAUAUCAUUUAAUUUUGGGAAGUUUGGGCCUGAUGGCUAACGCCAUAACUAACAUGCUUUAUCCCAGAAUCAUAGGCUUACUUAUAGACUCAUCUGAUUUGUCUAAAGCUCCUUCACUUGAAAAAUGUCCGGAAUACUUCUUUCCAUUCCCUCUUUUUGCUAUCAAUAACUUAUUCUCGAAGUUUGAUGCUCUAGGGUCAGACUUCUUGUUUAACAGGAUUCUAGUGUGUUCAAUCCCGCUUUAUAUUUUAGGAAGCAUGGCUUCAUGGUUUAGAGUCUAUCACACACAAACUGCGAUAUAUUUGAUCCAAAAGAGAUAUAGAAGGAAAUCAUUUACAAAAUUGCUUUCACAAAACCUAUUUUUCUUUCAUUCGCACACCUGUAAUUACCUUUUAUCUAAGUUGCUUAGUGACUGUGAAGAGGGCCCUAAGGCUUUGGUGGAAAGCCAAAUGCAGUUUCUUAGAUGCUGUAACUCAGCCAUAGGAGGAACAUGCCACCUCUUCUCGAUUUCAGCUAAACUGGCACUUGUCAUACUCCUCUCACUUCCACUUAUGGGAGUUACAAUAAGACAGCUUUCAUCGAUGGUAAAGAGAUAUCAGACACUUAGGAAAACAAGACUUGAAAAUGUUAUGGCCAAGGCGGAAGAGGUUAUCACUGGAAUAGAGAAUGUUAUUUCAUUUGCAAAUGAGGAAUACGAAUCGGAUUCUUUUAUGAAGAGCCUGAAUGAAUGCGAUGAAGUUGCAAUUAGAGCUAACAGCUCAGAGGGGAUUAUGAUGGGGUCUAUCCUAGCCACCUUUAACCUUUCAACCCUGAUCAUGAUUUACUUUGGGUCCAAGCAAAUGAGGUCGGGUUCACUUACAGUGGGGAAAUUUGCAUCAUUUAUCAUUUACGGAAGCUUAAUAGGACUUGGAGUAUCGGGAUUGUCGAAGAUUUAUACGGACGUUGUUAGAGGCACAAAUUCUAUGCGGAGUGUGUAUGAAAUAACCGAUUUGAAGGAGCCUGAAGAGAAAUUGCUUGAACUAGAAGAGGUCAGAGGAGAUUUAGAAGUUUGUUCUUUAUUUUUCCAAUUCCCAGAGACUAAACCAGCUAAUAAAUUACAAGAUAUUGGCGAACUUCGUGAUAAUGAUGACGCUAGACAAGGCGAAUUAAAUCUUCAGACUGAAAUAAUAAAUGGCGUCUCAUUUAAGAUUAAGUCAGGGGAUGUGAUUGGGAUAGUAGGACCGAGUGGAGCAGGGAAAACAACUUUGUGUAAAUUAAUCAUGGGAAUUUACAAGCCAACCUCAGGAGAGAUUUUACUAGACUCAAAUGAUAUAAGUAACCUAAGUUCUAAAUGGCUAAGAAGUUCAGUGUUCUCAAUCUUGCACCAGGAACCGAUUCUGUUCUCGACGUCAAUUGAAGAAAAUAUGAAAUACGGAAAUAAAAAAGCCACAAAAGAACAAGUUAUAGAAGCCUCUAAACAGUGCAAUUUACACGAGUACAUAGAAUCACUGCCUUCAAAGUAUGAUACGCCAGUUGGACCUAAAGGAUGCACACUUUCUACUGGACAAAAACAAAGAAUAGCCCUAGUCAGAACAAUAUUGAAGGAAUCAAAGAUAUUAAUACUGGAUGAGCCAACAUCAAGCCUAGAUGGUUACUCAGAAGAGCUGGUAACACAAGCAAUUGAAAUGGCGAGAAAUGAAAAAACGCUUAUCAUAGUCACACAUAACCAAGAAAUAGUUAAGAAAGUGGAUAAAGUAUUGGUGCUAAAUAGAGGAAUGGAAUAUUUUGGAAAUGUAGAAGAAGCAAAAGUAAACAGUCCAACUUUUAACCUCAUUUUCCCUAAUAUAGUAACUUAAAUUAUGAAGAAUACUGAUUAAAUUUAUACAAGUGUUU